AGAAUGAAAUAGCACGCUCCUGUUUUGCUGAACGUUUCUAACAUUUGCAUUUUCACGUAACGUGGACUAUUGUUAAUUUGGAAUGAGCUAAACCUGUAACGGGGAUGGACAUUAUUUUAGUACUUGUAUAUGUGUUUUCAAAUGCAUUUUAUGUAGCAGGCCAUCUUGUAAUUUUACAUAGCAAAUCCACGAAAAUAGAAAAUAGUUUUAUAGAUAACGCACAGUUAUGUGCGCAUGACAGAACCACGAAGAGGGAUAUAUUUUGUGGUACACAUUUCCUGUUUCCUAGCAACGAGCAGGAAGUAUGUGGAAUGGGAUGGAAGAAAAAAAUAAUCAAACAAGACUGGUCUUUUAGGAAUAUAAAUAACUUUGUGGUGAGUAAAAACAUAGUGCUGGAUUUAAAUACCAUACACUAGACAUUCCAGAACAUAUUUGGCUGGACGCAAGAAUCAAAUAGAUGCACUCAUGUUGUAACUGCAUCCAUUCUACCACAGAAAGUACAUUUAAUAUUCAAUGGAGUGGUACUAAAUUGAUCCCAUUCUUGUGCAGUCUUCCUAUUUGGACCGUACAAUGAAUGUAAGCUCUUGUGAUAUGGAGGUGCUGGGAAUCUGAUGUAUUUCCCCCCACAAUUAUCUAGCUCAAAUAUUUACAAUACUAUCCUGUAAUGGCUAUGCAAGAGCUUGGCAGGACUAAAGGCUUCCCUUGCAAACACUGUGGCAUAGUGUCCUCCAACAUGCCAAGCCUUCUGGAACACAUGGAUAGUCACUACCAGCAAGAAGAAGAUCGCAAGUUCAGAUGCGAUGAAUGUGGCCGACGCUACAGGCAUGCAGGUAGCUUGGCUAACCACAAGAAAACGCACGAGUUGGGUUCUUUUCAUUGUCCAAUAUGUGCUAGGAAGCUCUCAAACCCUCUGGCCCUGAAGAGCCAUCUGCGCAUCCACACAUCACAGAAGAAGUACUCCUGCAUGGACUGUGGGAAGGCCUUUAGGCUAGCUACUCAGCUGGCCACCCAUCAAAGGGUCCAUCUCUCUGGGCAAUCAAAGAGGAGAGCCGGUUGGAGGGCCACUGCAGAAUAUUCUCCAAUUGAGAAUGGGGAUGAAAUUGAAGAUCAUGAUGACUUUGAAAAGCUGUCGAUCUUGGUGGCUGACCAGCAAGACACGGGGAUGGAUAUUGUGUCUGAUAAUAACCUUAGCCAAGAGGACGCAGAGGUUAUCCCCAACUCGGCAAAUUAUUGUGAAAACCUGGGCUUUGAAGCAGGGGAUCGACCUUUCAAAUGUGGUCAGUGCGAAAAGUCAUAUAGACACCAUGGAAGCCUGAUCAAUCAUAAGAAGUCUCACCAGGUAGUGCACUCAAACAUCCCUAUCUGUUUCAAGCAGUUAAAUAAUCUUGCUGCCCUCCAUAGUCACCAGAGAACCCACAACAAGUCCAAAAGUGGGCCAGACACCCAUUACUUGGAAGUCACUUACGCAGGCAGAGCACCAGAGCAGUUUUCACCCCUGAACAGGGAUGCUCCAGUGCAUUUCUGUCACCUGUGUCAAGUGAUGUUUCCUAAUGAUGAUGAGUUCCAGGAACACAUCCAAAAGCAUAAUUCUUCCUCCAUGUCCUUUGGGCACGAUCAAGGUUUAUCUGAGGAUCAUCAUGACUCUUAUGACCUUAGUGUCACUCCUUCUCCUGACUCAAACUUUUAUUCACCACCUCUAAACAAUACUCCAUUGAUGGAUCAUCAAGGGGAGCAGAUCAAUGAUAUUCAAAUAUACUCUGACCACUCCAGUAACAAAUCCACCUUAAAUACUCAGGGAGAGACCCUAAUCUUGGAUCCAGAGAUUCCUGCUGACGAUCUAAGUAAAGCAGAAAAGUCCUCAGUUACAGAAAACGGUGAGCGCCGCUUCAAGUGCCAGGUCUGUGGCAAAAGCUACCGGCAUGCCGGGAGUCUCAUCAACCACAAGCGUUCUCAUCAGACAGGCAUUUACCAGUGUUCCAUCUGCCGCAAGAUUUACCCACACAUGGCUGCCCUCCGCAGCCAUGUCCGCAUCCACAGGGCCCAUCCGUCCUCCUUUAGCCUCGGCUCUGAAGGAGACUGGCUCUCUUCUGAGCCCCUAACACUGGAGAACCAGCAGGCCUGCUUUUCCUCUCAGGAGGGAGAUGCUAGCAAUAUGAUGACUCUUGCUCAGGAGAACACAAGUGAACACGGCAUUGGAGGAUCAUGCCAUGUGCAGUUUGACUCCGCCUUUCCCCAGGACAGAACUGUGCACCUACCUCACAAUGAACGCCAGAUGGAGAGUCACAUGUGUGCAGACUGUGGCGAAACAUUUGCAGACAUCGCAGGAAUCAAAUUGCACAUAUGCCCCCUGCUACAACCGCAGCAAGAGGCCAUGUCAAAUGACUAUGACAGUAACUUAACCUUCUUGGACACUAAUGGCCGAUGCACCAUGGGAAAUCCAGGAGAUCAUGUAGAGUUCCAGGGACUGAAUGGCAGCCCUAGACAAAGGUACUGUGGUGAACAUGACUUCCAUGAAGGCUUGAACGGGGAGCAGUUAAAUGGUGAUGGCAAAGAGGAGGAUGAAAAGGAUGAUGACGGAGAGCUCUAUCAGUGCUCAGCAUGUAGGAACUGCUACACAAGCAUGAGGGCUCUGAGGAGUCAUCUUCGUGGCCACACUCAAUCCCAUGGUAUUCCUACAAGCUCCGGCCCCUCCAUGUCCUCCCUAGAGGCUGAAAAAGAAGAGGACCCUGGAAAGAGACAUCAGAUGGAUGGGGGUCUGAUGAUCUGCAGUACUUGCGGAGAGAGUUUUGCCAAGAAGCAGGACAUGCUUUCCCAUCAGCUCAUACACAAUAAAGCACAGGCAGAUGAUGCUAAACACAUGCAUAUGGACAAUAGUAAUGGAACUAGGCACAAAGAGGAGGCGGACAGCAGCAUCUAUGGAAAUUGCGAUAUAUUUUGCACCAGUUACCAUCUUGAGACCCAUCAAUGUACAACAAAUGGGAAAAGUGAAUCUGCAAACGGUGUUGAAAAAAAUGAAAUGGGUGGCUCUGUCAACGGUAAAGAAUUAGGACACCUGAAAGAGAAUUUAAACAAUGGGGAUCGCCAGUACAAGUGUGAUCAGUGUGGAAGAGCAUACAGACAUGCUGGCUCCCUUCUCAACCAUAAAAAGUCCCACAAAACUGGAGUGUUCCGCUGCAUGGUUUGCCAGAAGCGCUUCUACAAUCUACUGGCCCUUAAGAACCAUCAGAGGACCCACUUUGAUGUUAAGAGACAUACUUGCAAUGAAUGUGGGAAGGCAUUCAAGAUACAGAAGCAACUAUUGAACCACCUAAGAUUUCACAAGGAGAACCGUGCCAAAAUACAGGAGCUCAACAACCAGAUUCAGGCCGUCAUGCAGAUGAAUGGCACGAGUUCAGAGGGAGGAAUGCGCUUGCUUAAUGCACCUGUCAAUCAAGCCACCACCACCCACAAAAAGGGUGGUGGUAGGCCAACCCCCAACAGAAAGAAUCCCAGUGUGGAGGAGGGGGCUCAGACUCGAGUCAAAUCAGUGGAAGCAGGCGACCCUCGCCCCUACCCCUGUGACCAAUGUGGGCGAACGUAUCGACACGCAGGAAGUCUGGUCAAUCACAAGAACUCUCACAAGACCGGUGAAUACUACUGCUCUGUUUGUAACAACACCUACUCCAACCAGCUGGCUAUGAAGAACCACCUGCGCAUCCACUUCUCAGUUAAAAAGCACAAUUGUCAAGAGUGUGGUAAGGCCUUUAGGGGAAAGAAGCAGUUGUCUAGCCAUAUUUGCGCACAUCUCAGAAAGGAUAUGCCAGGAGGGGUCAGGGGAAGAGGUCGCAGACGAGCAAGAAACGUUAAAUGUAAGCAGUGCAGACAGACAUUUAUAUCUGCUGACCAACGGACAGCCCAUACCUGUGGGUCACUGGCAAACUCAUCAGAGGGCAGUGAUGGACAAACGAGUAUGUCCUUGAAAAGGGAGGAGCGACCAUUCACCUGCAUCAUCUGCAAUCGCAGCUACCGCCACGCAGGCAGUCUCCUGAAUCAUAAAAACACUCAUAAGUCUGGCCACUUCAGCUGCACUUUCUGCUCCAAGCCCUUUUCUAACCCCAUGGCGUUACGCAACCACACACGAAUCCACACACAGAAGAAGAAGCAUUUCUGCCUGACCUGCGGGAAGGUGUUUCGGUUGGCCAGUAUCCUUCAUAACCACCAGAAGGUCCACACCAGGGUGGCCAACCACUUCAGCUGCCCAGAAUGUGGCAAGACCUUCCAGGGCAAGUCUGGGCUGAAGAGGCACCGCUGCCGGGGGGGUCAGGAUGACUCGGCUAGAGCUUGUGACGGCUAUCACAGAGAGAGUGGAGACAAGUGCUUCACGUGUGACCUCUGUGGACGCUCAUACCACCAUGCUGGCUCCCUGCUCAACCAUAAAAAGACGCACUCAGAAAACCUCCACCACUGUACCUUGUGCCUCCAGACUUUCCCUGACCUCCUCGCCCUCCAGAUCCACUCCCAGAUGAAGCGCCACUGCUGUCCAGACUGUGGCAAGACCUUCUGUCUCAUCUCGCACCUGCAGAACCACAUGGAGGUGCACUCCAAGGACCGCACCCUGGUCUGCAGCCCCUGCCAUCAGAGCUUCCCCAACCCAGCCAGGUACCAACAACACCAGGAACUGCACCACCGGGCCCAAGGGCAUUAUCAACAACACAACAUGCAAAUGGAGGAUGACCUAAGCUGGGAAUCGGGACUAGACCAAACCAUGGAGCUCCAAGGCAUCCCCAAGCUGGUCCCGGCGUUUGCCCACAUGCACGGUGGCAUGCCCAACCAGCAGGAGAGCAACGAGGUGCCCUGUAUAGGGGAGAAGAGCCACGUGUGUGAGCACUGCGGCCGCACCUACCGCCAUGCAGGUUCCCUCCUCAACCACAAGAACAGUCACAAGACCGGCGCCUUCUUCUGCUCUGUGUGCCAGAAGGAGUUCACCAACCUGAUGGCGCUGAAGAACCACCGGCGCAUCCACACGGAGCCCAAGCGCUACCAGUGCCUGGAGUGCGGCAAGGCCUUCCGCGUGUCCACCCAGCUCAUCUGCCACCGGAGGAUCCACACCAAAGAGAAGCCCUUCUCCUGCCUGCUGUGCGAAAAGCGCUUCUCCAGCAAGUCAAACCUGCGCCACCACCAGAAGAUGCACCAGAGUGGUGGCCAGGACUACGAGUCCUCCUUCGGCAUGGAUACUAACAGUUUUAUGGACUUGGACAUGGGCUCUUUUCUCUGAGUCAGGACUCUGUGUCAAAUGCUUAUUAUAUUAUUCUCCCCAUUCACUGGACCCCUAUCGGUAAUUGUAAAGUGGCGUGUUCCACAAAGCCCCAGUAGAGACAGCGUUUACUCUUGAUGUUGAACUCUUCAAAGCUGCCUCACAAACAUUUCAUUUUUCUGAUUGUGCUUUGGUCAUACACUUUUGGAGUGGUCGAAGGAUUUCUUAUCUCUAGCAGGGAUUGUGGCACUGUUAAACUUCCCAGAUGGGCACAGGUGACAGUGUCUGUCAAAUCUUUAUAGGAUUAUUUUCGCAUGGAGUGCACAUUGUCAUUGAAUCGUUUAACGGUAUAGGAGUGAGAACUAUUGGACCUCCUUCCAUACUGACUGUAUCAAUGUCCUCACAAGGUAUACAGUCAAUUUCCCAACCAAAGUGAACCGACGUAACAGAACUGUUUCAGCCCAGUUCCUGCAUUUGAGAUUGAUUUAUACAAUGACUCAUAUUUUUAUGAGAAAAGUGCUGUUCUGAAAUUGUAAUUUCCUCUCGCUAUCUAUUACUGUGUUCAGUGCCUCCGUCGGUUCAAUUCUCUGCCCAGCUUAUCAAAAGUGAGGGCUGUUCUCAAUAUUUUGCCAUAGGUUAGAGAAAAGUGAUCAAUUUGACCAUUUCUGAUGUGGCUUCAAUAAGCAUGACCUCCUAGUCUUACCCAGAGGAUGAUAUCAAAGGUAUUUACUGAAAUCAUGUAAUCAAGUUGGUGGUAAUCAAAUGGUUUUAGUGAUGGUGAUAUUCGGGUACACCCUUUGAGUGACAUUUGUAUGCUAAAUGGGCAUAUUUAAUUAUUUAUUCCUGUUCUUUUGACUUAUUUUCAAUUUUUCUGUGUGUACUUUGAUAUAUCAUUUUCUAUGAAUGUUACCUUGACUCUUAAGAAAUAUCCUAUGUAGCAUUUAAGGGAAUUCCUCAAUCUGUAAUUCCAUUCUCAAUUGGUGCGACUCCAACACAGGUAGGAAUGCAUUAGCCAAAGACAGUGGUCUUGCCAGCACUGCGGUUUUGCCACAUUAAAAUGUCUGAUGUGCAAAGCAUUGUAGAUAAUUAUCCAUGUCUGAAUUGGGCAUUACUUUAUUUUUACAGGUGCCAUUUCUCACCCAUGUCUUGUUCAAAUAAGAAUUGUAGCUUUUCUUGUCCAUAAUCACCCUUGACAAUUUUUGAGAAAUUUUGCAAACCCUUUACAAUAAGAAACACGUGCUUUUGACUUCUCAAACUUUCAAAGGUAAACUCAGCAAAAAAUGAAACAUCCUCUCACUGUCAACUAUGGUUAUUUUAAGCAAACAUAACAUCUGUAAAUAUUUGUAUGAACAUAAGAUACAACAACUGAAACAUAAAUUGAACAAGUUCCACAGACAUGUGGUUAACAGAAAUUGAAUAAUGUGUCCCUGAACAAA